GGCGCCAAAGGCGCGCUCCUCCGGGCCAUGAGCGCGCCCCGGGGGCCGACCGGUCUGCUCGGGAGCGCGCCCCACAGCUCCGCCCUGUCUUAUAGCCGGCGGGCUUCGGCGCAGGCUGCCGGCGCAGGUCUGUCUGGUAAGGCAAAGCGGGGAGGAGAUCCUCAAACGGCCUAGUGCUUCGCGCCUCUGGAGAAAAUCAGCGGUCUAAUUAAUUCCUCUGGUUUUGUUGGAGAGGAUUACCAAGAAUCUUCACCCCAGUCCCACAAAAGCUACGGAUUUACAAAAGGUGCAGGUAUGAGCAGAUCUGAAGACUUAACAUUUUGUGAACUUGUAAAACAGAAAACUUGUUUGAAAUGUGGUGGUUUCAGCAAGGCCUCAGUUUCCUUCCUUCAGCCCUUGUAAUUUGGACGUCUGCUGCUUUCAUAUUUUCAUACAUUACUGCAAUAACACUCCACCAUAUAGACCCAGCUUUACCUUAUAUCAGUGACACUGGUACAGUAGCUCCAGAAAAAUGCUUAUUUGGGGCAAUGCUAAAUAUCGCAGCAGUUUUAUGCAUUGCUACCAUUUAUGUUCGUUAUAAGCAAGUUCAUGCUCUGAGUCCUGAAGAGAACCUUAUCAUCAAAUUGAACAAGGCUGGCCUUAUACUUGGAAUACUGAGUUGCUUAGGACUUUCUGUUGUGGCAAACUUCCAGAAAACAGCCCUUUUUGCUGCACAUGUAAGUGGAGCUGUGCUCACCUUUAGUAUGGGCUCAUUGUAUAUGUUUGUUCAGACCAUCCUUUCCUACAAAAUGCAGCCUAAAAUCCAUGGCAAACAAGUCUUCUGGAUCAGACUAUUGUUGGCUAUCUGGUGUGGAGUAAGUGCAUUUAGCAUGCUGAUUUGCUCAUCAGUUUUGCACAGUGGCAAUUUUGGGACUGAUUUAGAACAGAAACUCCAUUGGAACCCUGAGGACAAAGGUUAUGUGCUUCACAUGAUCACUACAGCAGCAGAAUGGUCUAUGUCAUUUUCCUUCUUUGGUUUUUUCCUGACUUAUAUUCGUGAUUUUCAGAAAAUUUCUUUACGGGUGGAAGCCAAUUUACAUGGAUUAACCCUCUAUGACACUGCACCUUGCCCUAUUAACAAUGAGCGAACACGGCUACUUUCCAGAGAUAUUUGAUGAAAAGAUAAAAUAUUUCUGUAAUGAUUAUGAUUCUCAGGGAUUGGGGAAAGGUUCACGGAAGUUGCUUAUUCUGCUCUGAAAUUUUCAACCAGUUAAUCAAGGCUGACAGUAACAUUGAUGAAUACUGAUGAUCAGGAAACACGAAACAAGCCAUUUGAUAGGUUAUUUUAAAGGGUAUCAUCAAGAAGACUAUUAAAAACACUUAUACCUAUACUUUUUUAUCCCAGAAAAUAAAGUCGAAGGACUGUGAUAUCAUAGUUUUUUAUACCUUAUUUAAGAGAAAAAAACAACCUGACAUGCACCAAGCAGUCUGCACAGCCCAGCAUUUCAGGUUUUGUAAAUCAUUGCAGAUCAUGUUUUGUUGGGAGCACUUUUAUAAGAGACAUUUUCCAUGACUAAAUAAUCAGCAUUGGUCAGUAAAUCCUUUAGAAUUGGGUUUUGAAAUGGAAGUUUUAUCAUAUUAAAUCAUUUUGUAUAGUCUUAAAUUUUUUGUUGUUGUUCUGAAAUCUACCUGUAAAGGAAAGUAUGUCUGGAUUCAUGUGAGCCCUUUCAUGGCCUAAGUUUUGCCCAAGAAAUUUUGUAGGUAAUGAUUUAUUAUUUUUUUUUUUCUGGCCGCAAUGCCAGAUCCUAAGCUAAUUGUUCUAUAAUACACAUGCUUGCAGUAAUUUCAUGAAGUUUAGUCUCUAGUGUGAGACUUUAAUCACCAGGGAAGGAGAGAGGUACCUAUAGGUAAAUUUACUUUAGUCACAUUUUAUAUAAAACAAAGGUGAGUAUUCAUGUAAUAUUGAGAAGUAUGGGAAUAACAGCAGAUAUGAUUAAUAUCAAACAAAAGUCAUAAC